GUUGAGCUAGUGUCCUCAGUUUACUACACUAAUAUAUAUGGCUAUCCCAAGAGCAUUUGCUUCCCUCUCUCUGGCCCUGCUACUUGUUGCUUCUCCUCUUUGCUGCAUGGCAAACUUCAUACUUUACUCUGGGGAAUCCCUCAAGUCCGGGGAAGCCUUGCACUAUGCGAGCUACACUUUCAUUAUGCAGUCUGACUGCAACCUGGUCGAGUAUGACAAUGGCAACGCAAUAUGGGCUUCCGGCACUUACGGCCGAGGCACCCACUGCUAUGUCAUUCUGCAGAGUGAUGGUAACCUGGUCAUUUAUGACAAAAACAACAAUGCUGUGUGGGCAAGCAACACCAACGUGGGACAAGGCAACUACGUUCUAAUCCUCCAGAAAGAUCGCAACGUCGUCAUCUAUGGUGGUGCACUGUGGGCAACCAACACGUACAAGAGUACUGGCGUCUCUGGUGAUAUGUUCAUCCAAAGUAAGGCCACCAUCUUUGGUGCUUUGCCUGCUAACAAAACUACAGCAGGAGCUAAGGCUGCACGCAUUGCCAUGGUAGUCAACAAGUGAUGCUGAAGCCUGCUG